AUGCAUCCAUCCCUAUGUAAAGAUUUGACAUGGAUAGAAAAAUGGAUUAGUACAGGUGUCUUUGAAUCAACUGACUCAAAAUAUCAAGGAUCGUGCAACUGGGUACUAUUUGACAUUGUAUAUACUUGGGUGAAUGGUAGUGAUGAUGAUUAUAAAAUGAUGAAAGAAACUUAUAAACAGAAAUCCAACAUAAUGGUCUUAGAACAUUAUUAUCGCGAUUAUGACGAGUUACGUUAUUCCAUAAGAUCAGUUGAAACCUUUUUUAAGGAUUAUAUAAAUAAGAUAUAUAUUAUCGUCACGGAUCUUGAAGAUGGAAAUAUGCAGAUUCCCACUUGGUUAAAUACAGCUUGGAAAAAUCCUAGAACCGGAAAGAAAAGGGUUGAAAUCAUCAGACAUUCUGAUAUAUUCACCGACAUUACCGUGUUACCAACUUUUAGUUCUUUGGCAAUUGAAAGCCAAAUGAUGAACAUUCCAAAUCUUUCUGAUCAAGUAUGUUUAUUAAGGCAAUAUUUAACUCAAAGCGAUUUUUGGACACCACUAUACGGUCCGGUAUUUCAUAUAGAACCACAACUGCUUGUUUCACCCAAUAAAGAUAAAGAUGGACAGCCAAUUCAAGUUGGUGAAUGGUAUGCUUUAUAUCAUACUAAUAAACUACUUAGUGAAAGAUUCGGUUAUCGGCACAGAGCGUAUGUUUCUCACUCAACUCACACUCUUUCAACGUCAAUUUUAAGAGAAAUCGCUGCCGAAUGGCCCCAAGAUUUUCAUGACACAUCAUCUCAUCGUUUCCGUGGAGAAUUCCCUGACAUUCAUACUACAUUCUUGUUCACACAUUAUGUUAUAGAAAAACAUCGAGAAACUUUAUUAAAAAGCUUUUUAAUAUGGAAAAUGGAUAAGAAUCAUAAUGAUCGUUGGGAAUUAUCAGAGCGCCAGGAAAUCUUGAAAGCUCUUAGAACCGGUGAAAUUCGUGAAACUGAACGUAAUUCAUUAAAUAAUUAUUCAAAAAUUCUUAAUGACGCAUAUAUUUUUCCUCCAUACGAAACAUCUUAUAUUUGGUCAAGUAUGGAUGGAUAUCCUAAUAUGAAUUCACGAUUAAAUUUUUAUGAUACAAAAUGUAAAAUGGAUUAUGAUUAUUGUUUUGGAAAAGAUUUUAUGGAUAAUAAUACGGAUAGUGUUCCUAUAGAUAAUAUUUUUCGUGAGCUAGCUUUUAAUAAAUCUGGAUGUGGUGAUUGCAUAAUUUCAAGUGUUAUCUCUUUGUCAGGAGAAUCAGGCUUAGAAGCAUUCUUACCACAACCGUCUCCUUCUUCUAGAGUAGAGGAAAGCAAUAAUUUCAAAGUCAAUAAUCUUAAAGACAAUAGCCAAACCAUUAAGGAUUAUAAUCUCAAAGAUAAUAAUCUCAAUGACAACUCUGAUGAUUAUAAUACCAUACAACCUUUUAAUUAUCGCGAAUACGCAGUAAAUCAAAUUUCUCGUUUCAAUUAUGUAAUAGGCAGUACUUCAUUUAGUUUCGUAAUACUUAAGCAACCCUACCAAACAUGGUAUGAAUUAAAUAAUGUUAUAAAUAAGAAUCCAUCAGUGUUUUGUAUAAAUGACGACGUUGAUAGAAAUGAAUCUAUUAUUAAACGUUACGUAAAAAGAUUUUUGAGGUUAUAUUUUCGUCAAGACAAUGAAUAUGAACUUGAUGCCUGGGAAAGGAAAAAAAGUUUAUGGCUGAAAUUUAAAGAGUCAAUAUUUAGUUCAGAUGCAAGGUUUUAA